AUGACGCCCAGUCCUCCUGAUGAAGCGCUUCACUUCCGCGGAAAGACACUGACUCCGGAGAGCCCGCGCCCACUACAUAUCCCGGAGCCGGCCAAUAUCCCUGUCCUGGAGAAUCAAAUGGACCCCGUCUUUAAUGACACUUCGACAUAUCAACGUUCAGAGUAUCCCCAGGAAUCCCUUCAAACACAAGAUCGCGAUGGAUGGUCGAGGAUCGCGCAGGAUGGCCAGGAUCUAGCGUUGGGGCUGCGCAGGGACCCAGGUAGAUUGCAGGGUGUGCAGCUGAUGGAACAGCCCGUGAUGAAUGCUAUUCCUGCUCUGGCAGCGCAGAUUUAUCCUUCCAAUACCACAGGGACCGAACAGCAGCAGCAGAAGGGUAAUAUGAACAUGAAUAUGCACAUGAACCCCAACCUUGCCUUUGCAGCUCCCAGUCACUCCCAUGCGCCUCCGGUUCUUCCGGGUCCCCAGGGUUAUCUCCCGGCUAGCGACAGAGACAAUGCCGGUCAUUCGGCUUCGUCCUUGAAGCCUGAUCACAUAGAUGAUGGAAACGGGAAUAUGGGAUCGAGUUCUAUGGGGGUCAACUUCCAGACCCUACUCGACAACCUCUCUCAAUCCUCUGCUACUGCUACUGCCAACGCCAACGCCAACGCCAAUGCUACGUGGGCUGCCCCUACUCUAGCGGAGGGCUCGUCCUUCCAUCAAGCCCCUACGGGCGAGUCUCUUCACCCUGGUAUACCCCCCGCACUGCAUGCUCAGUGUGCGGACCUCCCCGCCCGUCCUUCUCUCCAAGACCCCUCCCUCCCCCAAAAGUACUCCCCGAGCGAAGAGAAUGCCCAUCAGCAAACAUCUACCGCCCCAAAUCCUGCUCCCUCCUCCGCCCAUGCAGCCCAAUCCAGUAACAAUGCCCACCAAACCGAUCCCCCAUCCAUGCCCCCGGUCGCGCCCGGUACUGAGUCUCGUGUUGGAGACCUCCCACCGCCACCCAUGGCGAGUUUCCAGCAACGGGGCUCUUCCUCGGCCGCAGAAUCGCAGGGCUCUCAAGAGGGUCCCUCCACAGUCAAGAAAGGCCGCCUUGAUCUGUUAUCGCGUGGGAAACCCUUGAGUGAAGAUGAUCAGCCCUGGGGCCCAGAAGUGCAAAAGAAAUAUGACGAGUUCCUACAUGAUGAGCGGAUCUAUGUGACCGAAGGUCUCUGGGACCGGUUCCCUGUUGGGUCCAGAUUGUUUGUCGGCAACCUUCCCACCGAGCGGGUGACAAAGCGAGACAUGUUCCAUAGAUUCCACCAGUAUGGUAAACUGGCUCAAAUCUCCAUCAAACAGGCUUAUGGCUUUAUCCAAUUUUUGGAAGCCGGCGCAUGCCACGCAGCACUCCAGAUUGAACAAGGGGCCUUGAUUCGAGGGAGAAAAAUCCACCUCGAAAUCUCGAAGCCACAGAGAUCAACUGCUCGACCCGGUGCUGCAGAGGCGUCUCGUGCACCCCCGCCUCGUCGCUCCAGGUCGCCCGAAUUCAGCCGUACUGCUCCUGCCCGCAGCGCCGCGCGUGCUCCGGGCGACCGUUAUGACCGACCGCACGAGUCUAGUCGGCUUCCAUUCAGUGAUUUCCGCGAUGAGCCCUCUCACCGCCGGCGUGACGAUUAUCGCCCUCCCCGGUCUCCUUCACCUCGCCCAUUCCGGGCUCGGGAUGGCUAUCGAUCACGGGAUAGGACACCAGAGCGAUUUGAUCGCCGUGAGCGCCGACGGUCACGAUCACCCCGCUCUCCUCGUUCACCCUAUGCGCGCGACCGGCGGUAUCGAAGCCCUAGCCCGAGACCCCGAGGUAAUUACGAAGGGGAAGCAGACCUCCCAGUGCCUCGUCGGGCACCACGAGACGUCCCGGAGGUGCAGGUGCUUGUGCUGGAAGAGAUUGACCGGAAUUUCAUCCUCCAUGUGGAGAAUGCCUUUCGCAACCGUGGCCUGCGGGUAGAUGUGUUGGUCCUUGGCCCUCGCAUCCCUCUAGGCGCAGCCGUCCAUCGCCAAUAUGUUGAAGGUGUUCUUGCAGUCGUGAGGCUGUCACGCCCCAAUCAAUUCUCCCGGAAGAUUCCCCUGCAAAUGUUCGAUCGCAGCGCGGGCCCGGAAAAUGUUCGCUUCACCGACUACCCCGAACUCGAUCCUAACAUCGCUGCGGAGGUAAUGUUCCACCAAGCCCAGGCUAUGCGAGGACCGGCCGCCUCCUUCGCGCCUAAUCCUGCCUUCGGUCUCGCACCGAUUCAGCCCCUGCAGAUGGCUCAACCACAUAUUCCAACUCUCUCGAACCCUCCCAAUAUCGCCAAUCUUAUCGGUACAUUGGAUGGUCCCGCUCUUCAAUCUCUCCUAUCAGCGCUUCAGCAGCGCCCCGGUCCCUCAUCCCAGCCCGUCUCAGCCACACAGUCACCUUUCGCCUCUCCCAAUCCUCCGCAACCAGCCGACCUGGCCAGUCUGUUGAGCAGUGCGACCCGGGCUCCUCCUAUGCCCUCUCUUCAUCCUCGACAACCCAUUCCUCACCCUCACCCCCACCCACCAUAUAAUCUCCAACCUCCAAACGCCCCCAUGGUCACUGACCCCAAUCUGCUCUCGCUCUUGGCGAAAGGCUUUGGGGCCCAGCAACCACAGGCGCAGGCCCCAGUUGGUUCUAAUGUGCAAAACCUGAUGAACCAUCUGACCAAAUGGAAGCAAUGA